UCGGGAGCAGAAAUCAGCUUCCAGGACAAAGAAAAGAAAAAGAUCUCUGACGCCGGAAGUGAUAAUCAAUCCGGCUCUGGAAGGUGAUCGUCAAUGUCAUGGGCCAGGUUGUAUCAUGACGGCCAGACCUCAAUCUAAGUACUGUUCGGAUACGUGUGGUAUGAAGCUGGCCACCAGUCGAAUCUAUCAGGUAUUGCCUCAGCGUAUCCAAGAGUGGUCGCUUAGUCCGGCGAUAUGCGAAGAACAGAAUAAAAAAGCCUUGGAAGCCAUCCGUACCAAGCAGACGAUCGUUCGAGCUACGCUGGCGGAGCUGGACAAGCGCCAUGCCGAAUUGGAUUUACUAGUGGAUCGUGCCAAACGGUGCACGCUGGAUCCGAACGCCCUGGAUGGCAAUGAUUUGGAAGAUGAAAUGUCAAUGUACUGUAUCACGUGUGGCCACGAAAUUCACUCGAAGACGGCCAUCCGGCAUAUGGAGAAAUGCUUCAACAAGUACGAAAGUCAGGCCAGUUUCGGAAGCAUUUUCAAAACUAGAAUCGAGGGCAAUUCAAUGUUUUGCGAUUUUUACAACCCGGCCAGCAAGACUUACUGCAAACGGUUGCGUGUGCUUUGUCCAGAGCAUUGCAAAGAUCCCAAAGUUAACGAUACGGAUGUUUGUGGCUGUCCGUUGGUGAAAAAUGUUUUCCAGCUUACGGGCGAGUUUUGUCGAGCCCCGAAAAAGUCUUGCUUCAAGCACUACGUGUGGGAGAAGAUCCGUCGAGCAGAAAUCGACCUAGAGCGUGUCCGUCAGUGGUUGAAAAUGGAUGAACUGGUGGAGCAAGAACGUCAAAUUCGACAGGCUAUGGCAUCCCGGGCUGGAGUUCUCGGGCUGAUGUUGCACUCAACGUACAAUCACGAAAUUAUGGAAAAGUUGUGCGGUGGCAAAAUGCAAUGAAAGUCUUUCAAGUUUUGGGUUCAGGGCUAUAUUUUUGAAGUUCUUAGAACUAUCAACUAUCAAAACUUAUGCUCUCAUUUCGCAGCGUAAAGGGAAUAACUAUCAACACAAUAAAAAUACGUUUUCACGCUUUA